AAUGAAUUUUGAUAGUAUUCAUUUGUGUUCUUUAAAAAAGGCAUAUAAAAUGUUUGUGAAAGUAUCGACUAUGUUCUCUUAGGAAUAUCAAAUUGUUGCCCUGUCUGCCCAAUUAAUACAGUUUUUGUGAUAUUUUUAGGUAUGUUAAAGUUAUAGCAUGUUUUGUAAGCCAUUCAAAGUGAAAUCUAGUGUCCAACUAAAGACCUCUGAGAAGAAGAAGUUUCGACAUAUAGUUGAAGAAACUUUCUCGAAAAAUCCAGAAAUAAUCACAGUGCUACAAAACAAAGCUAAUGUACUCGCUACGAAACUACUUCCACAUUAUGACAGUUUGGGAUUCAUUCAGGUUCACAGUAUUGACAAAGUACCCCUGUUUAUGACACUAGAGGAAGAUAAUGUCCCAAUUCCCACUGUUCACACUCUCUGGCGGAUCCCUGAUCUGUUGCCCCGAGUAAUUAUGCCGUAUAACGUGUUGGACAAGUUGCUAGGAGGUGCACAUCUCAUGUUACCCGGCAUCUAUACAAGUUCUCUUCCAGAAUAUUGGGACGUUGGUGAUAUUGUCGCUAUUUGCGGGCCGAGUAACGGGGCCGCUUUAGCUGUCGGAACAUGGGCACUUUCUCGGCAGGAGGCGAUCCAACGAGGCUUCAAGGGCAAGGGAAUACACAUUUAUCAAAUAUAUCAAGAUCAGCUGUGGCAUUAUGGAACUAAAGAGAAACUUCCUUCUUUACCUCUACCAAGUUCCCAGACAGAAGUAGAGGGCGAUGAACCAGGAGAACACUCUGAAGGGGUAGAAACUGAUAAAACAGAAGAAGUGGCAACUGAUCAAGAAGACUUGAGUUCUGCUGUUGAAAGCAUUGCGACAUCGUUAGAAGAGGUAGCAAUAAGUAAAGAUGAUAUCAUUAUGGAAGCUUGUUACAGAGCACUGAAGACCUCUCUAAAGAAGACAGACCUUCCUAUUCUUAUCAGCAAUUUUUACAGUCAGCAUGUGAAGCCAUGCCUAGCAGGGUCCGCUGAGAUCAAACAGACUAAGUUCAAGAAAGUUGGGGUUUUAAUGAAGAAUUUGGAGAUGCAGGGAAUCAUAGUCGUCAAAGAUCAGAAAAAGGGAGUCUUGAUGAUAACAGAAGUCAACUUUGCUCACCCAAGUUUAAGGGGAGUAAAGAAGCUGGAAAAAGAAGAAGAGGAGGUGGAGGAAGAAGAAAAUAUUGCUAUUGUUCAGGCUUUCACGUGCAAUGCGCACGUGACUCGACUAUUUUCCUUAUAUGGACACAAAAAAGGUGAUAUUCUGUCACGGAAAACUUUGCGGGAUAACGUGAUUACCUACAUAAAAUCUCACGACCUAGCCGAUCCUGACAACAAGAAACUAGUUCGACUAGAUCCCCUUCUUUCCACAAUCAUAAAGACACGUGACCUCACCGCCCAGUGGAACCAGGUCAUUCAGAAAGUGGAAUCAAACUGUGGAAAAUGCUACGUCAUCUCGCUUCCUGACAAAUUUCCCAUUACCGUCAAGGGAGACCUGCCCCCGAUACAGUUUAAAGUGGAAAAAAGAACAGGAAACAAAAAAGUAACCAUCAUUUCGAACUUUGAGGUGUUUGGGAUCGAAGCAAAGGAGCUAGCACAAAAACUUCAACACGUGAUGUCUUCGUCAGCGGCGGUGGUACCUGGCCUGAGAACGGAGUCCAAUGUUCUGGUACAGGGUGACGCCAGGAGACUUGCUUCUAAACUUUUAAUAGAUGAAUAUAAAAUUCCUAAAACAUUUGUUGAUUCUAGCUGAAUAAUUUGGGCAAACGUUUUCUUUUCUCGGUUAUUAAUACAGUGUAAAAAUUCAACAUUGGUAUUUGUGAUUUGUGAAUAUGUUUUUGUUUGUAAUAUGUCUGAGGGUAAAUGGGUGUUUUUAGAAGUUUGGGUCGCCU